CAAACCAGCUUGUCGAGAAUGGGAUGGCUUUUGACUUGACGGGAACGCUGUGCGGGGCUAGAGUACACGGUAACGUGAGAAAGGUGAUGCAGGAGGCGGACGUGAGUGGCAGGCGGGUGUAGAGAGGCAGCGAGCGCGCAGAGGCUCAGUCAAUCUGUGAGAAGGGACGUGAGCGCGCGCGGGGGGGCCGGCAGAUGCAGCUUUGCGCCAAGCACGCACCGGGUCCGUGAUGCCUUCUGGGCCGAUGGAGAAGACGGCGUCGGCCUCGGGCAGGCACGGCGAGUCGGCAAUGCGGCAGAUGCGCUGCGUGCCGCGGCCCUUUCGGAACUGCAGUCUGAGGUGUUGCGCGCCCAAUCGUCAGCAUGGCCCGCCAGCAGGGUGGGGGAGAAGCGGCAGAGGGCCCCGCCGACGCACCGUGUUGUGCUGGCGUGCGCGACAAUGUUGCCGCCAAUCGGCUUCUUGUUGUCCGCGCCCGGAUAGCCGGCGCCAUCGACUUGCGCCACGACCUGGUUGGUGAUGACGACGGCGACUCCAAACUCGUCGGCCAGGCGCAUCAAGCUGCGCAAGAACUUGGCCAGAUGGCCCUGCCGCGCGCUCAGCUCGCCGCGGCCCGCAAAGUCGGUGCGGUAGAGCGACGUGAGCGAGUCGACGAUGAGCAGCGAGAAGCGCGACUCGGCCAUCAUGGCGGCGGCCUGCAGCAGCAGCUCCUGCUGGUGGUCGGCAUUGUACGCCCGCGCGUACGCCACGUUGUCCAGCACCUCCUCGCCGUUGAGGCCGAAGCGCUCCGCCACUGCCAGCAGACGCACGGGACGCUGCGCGAGGCCCGUCGUCAGCAGCGUGAGCUGUGGGCGCCUGUCUCACGCGCUGCUCACGAAAGUGCCCUCCGUGUCGAUGAAGAGACACUUGCCCUCGCCGCCGCCCAUGUCUAUUGGCAGCUGUGCGCACACGUCAGCCACGCGGCACCGAGUUGCGCCACGUCGCGCCCAUGCCCGCCCGGUCUCACCUGGCAUGUGACGGCGAGCGUGUGGCACAGCUGGCUCUUGCCCGUGCGGAACUCGCCGUAGAGCUCGGUGAUGCUGCCCGUCUCCAUGCCGCCGCCGAGGAUGUUGUCGAGAUUCUUGCUGCCCGUGCUGAUCGACACGAGCUCCGUGCGGCGGUGGUGGUACUCUGUGGCGGUGGUGAAGCCCAUGGGCACGAGCUUGGCCGCUGCGGAGAGGGCAGAGAGAGGCAUGAGAAGGCAGCGAGCAGACGCAUGCAGCACACCC